AUGAGUGAGCUUCAGCAGAGAGAUGACGACGAGCCUCUUCUGGCACUAGAGACACCGCUUCAUGAUAUCGUCACUGGCGAAGAUGACACAUUUCGUACCGAAAACGCCUCCGUAAACGACUGGGAAAGGCGCAACGUGAUUGAGCGUACGAGAGGCAACAUUCACGUUCGUGUUGAUUUGAUGGAGGUUAUUCACGGAACUUACGAGAACGACGCGGACGAGGCAACAUUAAUGGUAUUCCGUUUCCGAUUCGACCCACAGAAGCACUCCCGUCGAAUAAUAAGAGCCCGCAUCAACGUCGAGUUCUUUGCCAACAAUAAGAACGAUACAGGCCCAACUGUUGACGCUAUAGCUCCCGAAGAGAGAUGGUCCGUGGUGCCGACUGUGGAUAGUGAGUCCAUCACACGCGGCGGAGAGUUGAAUCUAGGAGCCUCCGGUGUGCCUUUUCUCGAAGCAGGAGGAGCACUCAAGUUUGAAAAAACAGUCAAAAGAGAUGCCAGUGAUGCCACCACGGUAACUGGAAGCAUCAACUUGGGCACAGGAAAGAACUCGGGCGAAUCAACUGUGGCUGUGUGGAAUCUGCAAGAAAACAAGCGAAGACAAACUGGCGUUCCAGAUUCAGUGAGAGUUGCAGUUCUCCUCCGCCGAGAAGACAGCAAACCUUUCAAUGCCAAGGUGACUCUUGAGGCUGACGCUGAUUUCGUUACGGGCUUGGAGAGGAAGUUUUCGAAAGUACCGCUUGACGAUCCGGUUCUUUUUAAUCCUACUCUUACCGGGGACAAGCCCAAGAAAGGCAGGAGUUAUAACGUGCAGGACCUGAGUAGCUUCGACUUGUAUUCAUUAUGUGACGUGAGAAUGGGAGUGGAGGCUCAAUUUGGUCAAAAAGCGUAA